UUUCUCUUCUCACUCCUCUCUUUCCGUUUCUCUAAAACUAAACCAAAACCAUAUCUUAUUAUAGACCUUUGUUUGGUAAACUUGCUUUUGCUCUCUUUUUGUGUAGGAAGUGAUUAGAUAAGGUUUCAACCCAACCAUUUUCACCUUUCAAGUUUUUCACUUUUCUUUGAUUCUCUCUCUUCUAAUCUUUUCAUCAACUUUCUUGGGAAAGUGAUGGAGGCUUUCUCUCUAAAAUCUUUCUCAGUAACACCCCAGAAACUUGUACAUUUCUCCAAUAAGCCUGAUCACCGCUGCUUGUUGGAGGCUAAGAAGAAGAAGAAGAUUUUGGUGUGUUGCCAAAGCGUUGGCAAAGCGAUAAAAUCAAGCAAAUUAUCUUCUGUUUUGACAGAGAGAUCAGCGUUGGUGAGCAAUGUCGAGCAUGGCACGGCUUUAAUGAAUGCUGGGAACUUGGUAUUGUCAACAAACAAUGGGAAAAGCCCACAGGCAGAGAUUGAAGUGAAGGAUUUGGUGCCUUAUUGUGAACCAGCAGCCACAUCUCUAGUGGAGAUGGAGAUGAGUGAUGGAAUUGGAAUUGUUAAGUUUCUUAGAGGAAAGAGCUUUUUCAUUACUGGUGCUACUGGGUUUUUGGCAAAAGUUCUUAUUGAGAAGAUACUAAGGACAGAGCCUGAUGUGGGUAAGAUCUUUGUCUUGAUCAAAGCAAAAAGCAAGGAAGCUGCAAUGCAAAGAUUAAAAAAUGAAAUCAUAGAUGCUGAACUCUUCAAGUGUCUGCAACAAAGCUAUGGAAAAUCCUAUCAAGCUUUCAUGUUGAGCAAGUUGGUUCCAGUAUUAGGAAAUGUUUGUGAAUCUAAUCUUGGCUUGGAAGAAUAUACAGUUGAUGCCAUUUCAAAAGAAGUUGAUAUAAUUGUCAAUUCUGCAGCUAAUACCACUUUUGAUGAAAGAUAUGAUGUUGCUCUUGACAUAAACACGAGAGGGCCUAGUCGCCUUAUGAGCUUUGCGAAGAAGUGCAAGAAACUUAAGCUCUUUCUGCAAGUGUCUACAGCUUAUGUCAAUGGACAAAGACAAGGAAGAAUCAUGGAGAAGCCAUUCUGCGUAGGAGAUAGCAUAGCAAGAGAGAGUCUCAUCUUUGAAACCCCUACUCUGAGGGUUGAAGAUGAACUGAAGUUGGUUUUGGAUUCAAAGGAAACUUUUGAUCUUGACAAUGCAGUGGCUCAAAAAAUGAAGGAUUUGGGUUUGGAGAGGGCCAAGAAAUAUGGGUGGCAAGAUACUUAUGUGUUCACAAAGGCAAUGGGAGAAAUGGUGAUUGAUAGUAUGAGAGGAGAAAUACCCGUAGUCAUAAUUCGACCAAGUGUCAUUGAGAGCACUUACAGAGAACCUUUCCCUGGAUGGAUGGAAGGAAAUAGGAUGAUGGAUCCAAUUGUUCUGUACUAUGGGAAAGGGCAGCUCACUGGCUUUCUGGUAGACCCAAAUGGGGUCCUUGAUGUAGUCCCAGCAGACAUGGUUGUGAAUGCAACUUUGGCAGCAAUAGCAAAACAUGGUGCAACUGGAGAAUCAGAAAGCAAUGUCUACCAAAUUGCUUCAUCAGUCGUGAACCCAUUAGUUUUUGAAGACUUGGCCAAUUUGCUCCAUCAACACUUCAAAUCUGAGCCAUGCAUUGACUCAAUGGGAAGGCCAAUUCAUGUUCCAACAAUGAAGCUCUUCGACUCCAUGGAAGAUUUCUCAUCUCACCUCUGGAGAGACACGAUUCAGCGAAGCGGCCUAGCUGCCAUGGCCACUGCUACUCCAAAUGGGAAGCUGUCCCAAAAGCUUGAAAAUAUUUGCAGGAAAUCAGUGGAGCAAGCAAAGUAUUUGGCUAAUAUUUAUCAGCCAUACACCUUUUAUGGUGGAAGGUUUGAUAACAGCAAUACCAAGAGAUUGAUGGAAUGCAUGUCUGAAGAAGAGAGGAAAAAGUUUGGAUUUGAUGUAGGGAACAUAGAUUGGAAAGAUUACAUCUCAAACAUCCACAUUCCUGGUCUAAGAAGGCAUGUUAUGAAGGGGAGAGGGAUGUGUAGCUAAAAUGCGACAAAACUUUGAAGAUAACUUGUGAAUUAAAGGGCAGCCUAGUGCACGAAGCUCUGCCACUGUGAAUCACUGCAAGAAAAUGUAAUAAAGUAGUGUUUCUUUUACUUUUUUUUUUUUCUUCCCUUUUUUCCCUAAAAGUUGGGAGGGCAAAAAAGUUUUGCCUAAACUAGUGUAAACAUGUAUGGAAUUAUCAAUGUUUUGUUGCCAAAAGUACUACUCAUGGAUCUAUAUAUACAAACUGUCAACACAACU